AUGCCGUUUCGCGAGAGAUUCCGGCAGCGUCUAGGUGAUAGCGUGAGCCCCCAUCGCAGAAAGAGAUCCCGAAGCCAGCGCUCAAGAAAAUUUCAGCUCUCGCCUUCCCCGUCUCCGAACUCGCCGCAUCUUUCAUACCACGAUGUGCUCUUGACAUAUGAGGAUGUCAAAGCGCUCAAGGGCGACUGGCUGACAGACAAUAACAUUGCGUUCUGGGAAGAGUUUUUGGAGCACGAGAUCCUGACAAAGUACCCGCAAGCGCACAUUAUCCUGCUUCGCCCUUCGAUGACGUUCCUGCUCAUGAAGAACAAAGACACCGAAAUGGUCAGAUCCGCCCUGCCAGACUUCCGCGGAAUCACGCAUGUCUUCCUACCCAUCAACGACAACAGGAAUGUUUCCAUGGCCGAGGGCGGCAGCCAUUGGUCCCUACUCCUCGUCAGUUUGAUUGAUGGAGUAGCUUUCCAUUACGACUCACUCGACGGCGCAAAUAACAACGAAGCCUGGGAGGCGACGAAACGGCUGUCAAAUGUCAUUGGCAAGCCGUUACGAUACCACUAUCUCUCUGAAUGCCCCCAACAAGAGAACGGCAGUGAUUGUGGCGUCUUCGUGUGCAUAAUAAUGCGCCAUCUCCUGAUCAAGAGGCUGCUGGCUGUCAAUGCCGGACAAAAGAUAUCCAUGAGCAUGGCGCAUAAAGCGAUUGACAGCUAUGGUGCUCGCAAGGAGAUGUUGAAGAUUAUCGAAAAUUUACGUCGGGAAGGCGAGAGGCGGAGGACAACGGCUAGCAGUACACCACCUCGGAUCGAGUGA